GGGGCAAGAUCAGGAGAGGGAGGGCCAGACAAAGGUGGGGGCCCAAGGCAGAACCCAGUAGCACCAGGACAGGGCAGUUCCAGGGAUAGGGAGGCCAGGCCAAAGUGAGGACCGAAAGUGGGGCGAGUCAGGCAGGGUCAAAGUCAGCAGGCUGAGAGAUGUGCUGCGCCUUCCCUCCCGGGGCGUGGGUAGGGUCGUCUGAAGUCGGAAUCACGCCCAGCCAGCUUAGAUAGAUCCCAUGAGGUGCACUAGGAUCAGAGGCGCUGACAGGGUGCCAGACCCCACUGGGCUGGGCUGAGACUGCUUCCUGGAGAAAGGGGUACCCAAGGCAGCAGGUCCAGAGGGUGAGUAGGUUUUGGAAGGAGGCAACCUGGGAAGCAGACAAGGCAGAGGUGUGCAGGGUCAGGAGAGGAGAGGGUCCAUAUGGCUGGAUAACAGGAGGACAGCAGAGAGGGUUGGAGACCUAUGACUGUCAGUCAUGGUCACUGUCUGGGAGAGGAUGUUGCUUGACCCAGGAUAGGGAGCACUUCCUCUACCAGCACACCAUCUCUGUGGGACCCUGCCUCGGGGAGCUGGGGGGUACGCUCACCAGCCUUCACCUCUCCUGCCCCUGUCUCAAGCUGGUCUCUUCUUGGAGUCCAUUUCCUACAAGUGCAGAUAGGACCUCAUCUGCACCCAUCCAGGCCUCUGAUGUCUGAUUAACCUCCUCAGCCUGCAAGAGGCCCACAAGUUCAGCUUCCUUCCUUCAGCUGGCCCUUACUCUGCUAUGGAAGGCUGUCAGUACACACCCAAGACCAAGCACACACAGUGACACUCUUCAUAGCCCACAACUUGGUGCACACUCGCAGGGACUCAUAUGGUCUCUGCAGUCACAGCCCUGUGCACACUGGCCCCACAUGUGGGUCCCUGGUCCCCUGCCCCAGUUAUAUCAGGGCCUGGGGUGUCAGGUGGCUCCCUGCUCUGGGUCCUGAACCCAGCCUUUUUCCUAGUUGUGGAAGCCUGGAGGCACCUCUCUCUCUGUGUUCAUCAGAGCUCCUCUCUUCCCACUCCACCCUAUCCUGCUACCCCCACCCUACUGAUGCCCAAGGGCAGGCUGGAAAAUGGGCAUAGCCAUCCCAUUCUAGUCCUGGGUGUCCUCUCUUCAUUCUCCUUGUUGCCACAAACCCAGAUUGGGGCAGGCCAGGGCCCUGGCUGUGCUGUAGCUUGUAGGGUGCAAGUCAGAUAAUAAGGAAGACUAUUCAGCAAGGAAGAGAUACCUGGAGCAUCUCCAAUGGAGGGGAAGGCCAGGCCCCAUCUCACAUGGAGUCUCCAGGGUCCCUUGUGGAAGCUGUGAACCACUAACUCAAGUAUCCUAGGGCAGGGGUUGGGCUGACAUAAUGGAAUCAGACAAAGGAUGGGUAUCUGCGUUCACAUCAGGGAAGCCUAGGAAAGAGAAGGCAUCUGGGAAACUCUACCCCGAGUCUGAAGAGGACAAGGAGGUGACCAUUGGCAGCUGGCACCGAGGGCACCCCUGCCUGCCGGAGUGGGACCACAUCCUGUGCUGGCCACUGGGGGCACCAGGUGAGGUGGUGGCUGCACCCUGCCCAGACUACAUUUAUGACUUCAAUCACAAAGGCCAUGCCUACCGUCGCUGUGACCACAAUGGCAGCUGGGAGCUGGUGCCAGGGCACAACCGGACAUGGGCCAACUACAGCGAGUGCGUCAAGUUCCUGACCAAUGAGACUCGUGAACGGGAGGUGUUUGACCGCCUGGGCAUGAUCUACACAGUGGGCUACUCAGUCUCGCUGGCCUCCCUCACCGUGGCUGUGCUGAUUCUGGCCUACUUUAGGCGGCUGCACUGCACACGCAACUACAUCCAUAUGCAUCUGUUCCUGUCCUUCAUGCUUCGCGCGGUGAGCAUCUUCGUCAAGGACGCGGUGCUCUACUCGGGCGCCACGUUCGACGAGGCUGAGCGCCUCACCGAGGAAGAGCUGCGCGCCAUCUCCCAGGCACCCCCGCCGCCCGCCGCCGCCACCGUCGGCUACGCGGGCUGCAGGGUGGCUGUGACCUUCUUCCUUUACUUCCUGGCCACCAACUACUACUGGAUUCUGGUGGAGGGGCUGUACCUGCACAGCCUCAUCUUCAUGGCCUUCUUCUCAGAGAAGAAGUACCUGUGGGGCUUCACGGUCUUCGGCUGGGGUCUGCCUGCCGUCUUUGUGGCUGUGUGGGUCAGUGUGAGAGCCGCCCUGGCCAACACUGGGUGCUGGGACUUGAGCUCUGGGAACAAGAAGUGGAUCAUCCAGGUGCCCAUCCUGGCCUCUGUUGUGCUCAACUUCAUCCUCUUCAUCAACAUUGUCCGAGUGCUCGCCACCAAGCUGCGGGAGACCAAUGCAGGCCGGUGUGACACGCGGCAGCAGUACCGGAAGCUGCUCAAAUCCACACUGGUGCUCAUGCCGCUCUUUGGCGUCCACUACAUCGUCUUCAUGGCCACGCCAUACACCGAGGUCUCAGGGACACUCUGGCAAGUCCAGAUGCACUACGAGAUGCUCUUCAACUCCUUCCAGGGAUUUUUUGUCGCCAUCAUAUACUGUUUCUGCAAUGGUGAGGUACAAGCUGAGAUCAAGAAAUCCUGGAGCCGCUGGACAUUGGCACUGGACUUCAAGCGCAAGGCACGCAGUGGGAGCAGCAGCUACAGCUAUGGGCCGAUGGUAUCUCACACAAGCGUGACCAAUGUAGGCCCCCGCACAGGCCUUGGUCUGCCCCUCAGCCCCCGCCUGCUGCCUGCCACCACCACCAAUGGCUACCCCCAGCUGCCCGGACACACCAAGCCAGGCACCCCAGCCCUCCAGAUGGCACGGCCUGCUGUGGCUGCUCCCAAGGACGAUGGGUUUCUCAAUGGCUCCUGCUUGGGGCUGGACGAGGAAGCCUCUGUGCCUGAACGGCCACACCCUCUGCUGCAGGAGGAGUGGGAGACAGUCAUGUGAUCAGGGACCCGAGGGUUGGACCUAUGGAUGUAAGGGCAGCUGAUGGACCAAGAGACAGGUGGUUGAACAGUUGCCCAUUCAGGGCCGGCGCUUGAAGGACAAAACAGAAAAAAAAAAAAAAAAGGCAAAGGAAGCA